AUGCACACUCAUCUGCACCUCCUCCUGCUCUUCGCAGCUCCGAUCGAGAGGAAUAGAGGGCAGAUUAUGAGAAUAUACGUGAAGGCGGAGCGAGCGGAGGAGUAGCGGGGGUUCUUCUCCUCCUGUGAGCGGAAAAGGCGUCACGGCGGGUGCGGAAGACUGAAGAGAGAGGGACGCAUCGCGGACAGAGACCGAGGAGACGGAGGGAGGAGGCGACAGCGGCUCGUAAACACGACGGAAAACGGCGAUCAGCUCGGCAGACAGCGGCUAUCACCCCCCAUCCAUCUCCCGCCUGGCACCACCAGCCCCACCGACACUGCUGCCACCCCCGGAACCCCUUCGCAUCAUUCCUUCUCCAUCCUAUUUUUGUACGGUUAUUGUUGUUUGGUUUUUGCACCGCGGUGUGGCUCGGUGCUUUCCGUGCCUCUGCUCGCUGUGAUUAUCUGUGGGGCGAACCGCUGCUCGUGUCUGAGGAGCAGCAGCAUCAGGGGCUGAGCUAGGAGAGGAGGCUGUGAGCCAUCACCGCGACCCAUAGGAUCCCCCCCACCACCACCCCCAGUCGGGUCCCGCUUGGGACGAUUAUCUGCGCGUCCGAUCCGGCGGAUAGAGGAAAAAAACAAAAACAGCGAAGGCGAAAUGACUGCACAGUAACCCGCCUUCAACAGAGAGAGAGAUAGAGACCCCGGCCCCCGGUUAUCAGCCAGUCUCCAGCAUCACCGAUGCGAUGGCAUAGCGGCUUCUGCAGUGCAACCGACUGGCUCGACUCAGAUCAGCAGGGCUCUCAUCCACCAUGACCCUCUGAAAGACAUCCGACACAGGCACAGAUGGGAUGAAAAUGCGGCGGCACAGGGUGUUCUUGCUGUGCACGGUGGGCCUGUGUGUCAUCUCCUUCCUCCACUACUACAAGGCCCUCCAUUACGUCUCCCUGCUGCGGGAGCUCUCGGCUCCAUACCCCAACAUCAAGUCCUUCAUCAUGGUGACCGGCUUCUUCUGGAGGGAGAAGGGUAUGGCCACCACUCCGCUCAGCCCGGCUUCUCCUGAAGAGGCUCCCCCUCUACCCGGUCUCCGGCAGUCAGAUGCCAAAGCCAGAGGCGUGCCAGGUCUCGGGGGAGGAGGGGAAGGAUUUGGCCCAGGGAUCCCGGAGGCCAUAGCUGGAGGUGGAGAUGAGGUGAUGAGACAGCGGGAGGAGCCAGCACCACCGCAUCCCUGGGAGAAACCAAAGGAAAACCAGCUGGGAGAUGCAGCAAAUGAGAUUAGAGCUGAGGACCGCUUAAAGCCGUGGAAUCCCGCCCACCCUGCACAGCCCGAGAGGCUAGACCUUCCACAGAAACCAGCAAGAAUAGAGCAUCAAUUCAGUGAUCCCAUAGAAUCCAUGGGAGACCUCCAUACUCGCACUUUCCAGCUUCAAGAUGACAAAACCCCUUACUUUGUCCGUACCAAAGCUGGAGCCCUUUGCUUCAGGCAGGGGACAGAGGUAGCUACCCCUAAAGAGUACUCUGGAAAAUCAGGGGGGUCUGCGGCUAACGGAGCAGUUGGUCGGGCUGUUGCUGCUGGGCAACGGAAACCUCUGGAGCUCCAGCAGCAGCCAACCAUAGUGCCAAAGGUCAAAGCUCGGUCCAAGGGCAACGGGAAGCGGCUGGUCAAGUGCGUUUGUCGGCCGGGGUGGCACGGACCUUACUGCGGGGUUCCCACAAUGGUGUACCACUCCAAUCUGCCCACUAAGGAGCGGCUGAUGCCCAGAGAAACCCCGCGGAGGGUGAUCAACGCCAUCAACGUCAACCACGAGUUUGAUCUGCUGCACGCACGCUUUCAUGAGCUCUCAGAGGCCGUGGAUUUGUUCCUCGUGUGCGAAUCAAACUUCACCGCCUACGGAGAGAAACGGCCUCUCAGUUUCCUGCGGCUCCUUCUAAACGGUACCUAUGACUACAUACGUCACAAGAUCCUGUACGUGUUCCUCAACCACUUUCCGGAUGGAGGUCGGCAGGACGGCUGGAUCGCCGAUGACUACCUGCGUACCUUCCUGACGCGCAAUGGCAUGUCCAGGGUGGUCGGUGCGCGAUCAGACGACGUUUUCGUCAUCAACGAUGCCGACGAAAUCCCAGCACAUGAGGGACUACUUUUCCUCAAGCUGUUUGAUGGGUGGACAGAGCCUUUCGCCAUCCACAUGCGCAAGUCAUUGUAUGGCUUUUUCUGGAAGCAGUUCGGGUCCCUAGAGGUGGUGUCGGGCUGCACGUUGAGGAUGCUGCGCGACGUGUACGACGGCGACGGCAUCAAACUGCGUCGUCGCGAAUAUUACACCAUGCCGGGUUUCCGCAAAUACGAGAACGACACCGGCCACAUCCUGGUGCAGUGGUCGGUGGGAAGCCCCUUCCACUUCGCAGGGUGGCACUGCUCCUGGUGCUUCACGCCCGAGGGGAUCUACUUUAAGCUGGUGUCUGCGCAGAACGGAGACUUCCCGCGGUGGGGCGACUACGAGGACAAACGCGACCUCAACUACAUCCGCGAUCUCAUCCGGACUGGCGGCUGGUUCGACGGCUCGCUGCAGGAGUAUCCCCCAGUGGACCCCAAAGAGCACAUGUACGCCCCCAAGUACAUGCUGGAGAACUACGACAGGUACCGCUACCUCUUGGAGAACCCUUACAGAAAAGAGUCCAGAGCGAAUGAAGGCUAGGUGUCAGGUGGCCAAAAAAAUAAAAAUAAAAAAACAUGUGGAAAAAAAAAAACUCGUAGGGCCCAAGUGAUUUUGGGGGUGGAACGAUACUGAUGAACUGCUUCUCUCAUUGGAGUGAAACUAUAUGUAUCUCCACCAGGCAGCACUGAUGCUGCUCUUUAAAGUCAUUACAUUGGGGUCAGGAAAAAAAAGGGAACACUGAAUCACAUCCAUGGAUUUUGAGAGAGAGCUUUGAGAUGAGAGGAUAUAACCACUGGAUAAACAGAAUCUUAGAUUUCCUCAUUCCUCCCCUUUUCCGGGAGGCCCCGAGCUAUCUCUCUAUUUGUCACCCGUCCUUCCUUCUGUCACCCACCGAUUCGAUGCGCCUGUUCUCUGAGAGAAAAUGGCAGCAAGAAAAAGCCAGGGGUGUUUCGCCGGCAGGUGAAACCCCUCCAUGGAUCUGACAAACUCUGAAGGGAAGGACCGCUUUGGUUCUGUCUGUGUUUACUGAAGUUUACAGAUUGACCGAUGUUCCCGCUUCACUCUCCACCUCCAGAUGUCUUCCUGUCAUAUUUGGUGACCUCCUUCCAGACAUAAACUCCUGCUCAGAUAUUUUCAUUGCUCCUGAGUGUCGGUAGGACAUUACAGAAACCUGCUUAAACCCCCACCACCGGAGCACCGACAGCCAAAUGAAAGGGAAUGACUCAGUAGAGAUGUUUCAGCUCAUACAUAUGCUCACAUUCAUCUACAUGCGCCUUAGAGUUGUCUGCGUGUGCUUGUAAAAGAAAAAAGGAAGCGCGGGAUUGGGGGUGGGGUGUAUGUGGUUUUUAUUUGUAUCAUAUUUUGAGAAAAUGGAAAGGAAGAAAGAAACUGAGGGGAACAGGAAAGGAAAGGAUGAUACUGGGAUGAGAAAACCUGAGACAGAAGGCAGGAGGGAGUGUGAGGGGAGUAUAAUGAGUGAGGAGGAGAACACAUGAGUGUUGCAGGGGUGUGUGUGUGUGUGUGUGUGUGUGUGUGUGUGUGUGUGUGUGUGUGUGUGAGAGAGAGAGCGAGAGAGUGUGUUUCCCAGAGCUUACAGGCAGCUCUGAAUAAAUCAUGCCCCGUCUAUGGCAUCUAAGGCAGUUACUGCCAUUAUUGUUCGUCCAGUCCGAUAGCAGCUGGAAGAACAUCACCCUUCAGUUUUUCAUCUCUCUCUCUCUCUCUCUCUCUCUCUCUCUCUCUCUCCAUCUAGCUCCUCAGAUAACUUUGUUUCCUUGGAAACUAUGUGGAAAAGAGGAAAUGGGAUGGGUGUUGUUAAGACGAGUGGGUGGGUUCAUAUCAGGCAAGGAGCUGCAGCAUUCAGAUGAGGUCGACCCCGACUUUGGGUCCCUUCGGUUAGAUAUUCAGCUUUCUGCUCAGCUGCCAAUCACAGAUCGUCUUUGUCUUUCACUUAUCAUCCUGAUUUUUGUCCUCCCCCUCCUCAAGUCUGUGUUUUCCGCUUUCUCUGUUUUGCAGAAUCUCCCAAGUCAUCCUCCAACACAUACACACACACACACACACACACACACACACACACACACACACACACACACACACACACACACACACACACACACACACACAGUGGAUCCUACCUAUUCUGUGUGUGUAUCUGUUUCCUGUUAAUCCUCACAGGAAUGCACCAUUUCAAUAAUAGGGGUCUAUUUAUCUUCUCUCUGCCUCAUUUCUUUCCCUUUGUUUUGGGGCAGCGGUUGCCAUGGCGAUGCCUUUUCUUAUGCCCUACAGAUGAUUAUCAUCAUAAACAUUUAGGCAGGAGCGCUCAUGCCUCUUGCUUUCUCUCUGUCGUAAACAGCUGUCGAUGUGGGAUGGAUGCCUAGAUCACCCCCCCACCCCACCCCAACACACCCACCCACCCACCCGCUCAAGUUGUCUGGCAGAAGUUGAUGAUGAUGUGGAGCCUUGGUAUGAGUACAUGGGUAGCCCAGUGGGACAAGGAUUAGUUCUUGUUGAGGGCAUGGAAGUCGUAGCUGGAAUAUUUACCGUGCCGCGGAGCAGUUAAGAAAGAUGUGCGCCGGGCAGACGAGCAGCAAUCAAGAAAUCAUGAACGCAUUGAUUUUUCUUUUAACUGCAGAUUGACCGUAUCCGCCAUCUGCUCUUCAAUGCCUGUCUGGGCUUUACUUUAGCUUCUGGCUUCUUUUGAGGUUAAGACCUCCUCUAGAGGUAUAAAAACCACUUUUCUUGUAGUAAACACGGUCUGUCGCUGAUGGCGACUGAGAAUAUAUCAAACCUUAUUUUGUAGCUUUAAUUUAAUCAGACACUGACACAGCCAUGCAUCCAAUGCCUCAAAUGCUUUUUUCUCAUUAUUUUCACCCCCUUCAAACUCCUCGAUCAUUAAAACACAGCUCUUUGCUUACAGUCCAAGGCCAUUAAUAUGUUUUUUGGGGUUUUUUGUAAGUCAGGACUUGUAUCCGUCAGUCGGUUCCCUUCUUAGAGCUGGGAGACCUCUUGGUGGGGAAAAUUAGAUUAGCCAGCAGGCCGCCUACAGUUGUCAGGGCCCGUGCUGCUGCCUCGAUGGCAGCGCGGUCUGUGCCGGCAUCUGUUAGGGUUUUGGUUUUGAUGCUGGGAGCCAAAUCCUGAUCCAAACCCAGAGGGGCUGCGGCGAAAAAAGAGCUUUAAACAGGAUUUGAUGAGAGAGCAAGUGACGAUAAUGCGAGAUGCAACACCGUUUGUCUCAAAAUGAGAUAUUUUUUUUCUUCUUUUUCUUUUUAUAAAUAGUACGUAGGUAACAUAAUCAUGGUUGAACUCCAGGUCAAGUAAUGAAUGAGGUGUCACACAUUCUUGUACUAAAGCUCUUAUUUUCUUCAAUCUUCUUGCAAAAAACACUGAUGUUUUCACUCGAGACUAUAUCUGACUGAAGUUUCUAAUCUGACUCUCAUAAAACAAACAAAACCAUUGCACUGCACUCAUAGGAAGACUCGCUGCUGCAAUCACUUUGCACAUCUUGCAUAUCUGUGUGUCGGCUGGCCACUUCUUUGUAAGCAGGAUUCGCGCUGACAGAUGAGGAUGUGUGGACUGCUGAAAGACGAGUCGGGUUUACCUCGCUGGGCCCGUUGCCCCGUUAUCACUGAGAUCCCCACGACACUUUCCUGAGAUCUACAACAGGCUGAGGUCACCGGCCAAGAUGGCUGGCCAGUAUAAUAAGAGGUAAAGGAAUACACAUGCAUAUGUCAACCAGACCUGAGCAAGAAAGAAAAAUGCAAGCAUGAGCCAGAGAAGAAGUAUGAAGGGAAACAUAUUUCAGACUGCAGAAACAGGAGAAUUAAAAAAGACAAAGAAGAAGCAGCAGUCUUCUUUUUCUUUUUUCAGUAUACAAAGUCGAAGCUUGAUGAAUGGAGACUGGAAUCCAGAAAGAGACAUUUUGGAAAUAAUCCUUCCGCUGCUGUUCCCAGUGACGGACUCAUUGGAUGAGUGGGGAGUAGGGAGGCAAUACACUUGACGGAACGGCUUUGGUUCUUCCACUUUGAUGAGGGAGAGGGAGUCAUCAUGGCGAUGAAAUAAAAACCAUUCCAAAUGAAGGGAGCGCCUCAUCCUCCCCGUAAAAAGCCAAAUCUAUAAAGCAGUGACAGUUUAAGUGAAGAUGAGGCUGUGAUGCUGACGGGCUCGUGUGUUGUCCGCGCUGCCUCCCGGGACUUGCGGUAAUUUUUAAAGAGGCUGCCAGGAGUGCCAAAUAGGGGUGUCUUUCCUGCUCAAGGACACUUGAUUUUGACCACUCAGCAGGCAUUAAAGCACUGAGGCAUUUAUGUUUUUGGACAGCUCUGGCCUGUUGCUUUCUCUGAGUGUUUUUUAGACACCGUCAAACGUAAAGCCUGCACUUCAACUACAGGUGCUGUAGUUGAAGUGCAGACUCGUAUAAAAGAACGGGCACGGCCAUUGUGACCUCAGCCUUUGAAGUAACCUGCUUUGAAGCCAUCUUUUUAUACAUAUUUAACUAACCAAGUAACAACUAACUGCACAGCAAGCUUAUUUCUCUGCAAAUGACAUUUAAAAAUGUUCCCACAGAAACCUCCAAUACAAAUACAGUGGAGGUCCAGUUCAUUGGCUUGGAUUAGAUGAGAUGAAGCCCAGUCAGCACUCACCUUUCCACUCAAAGCAGCCACACUUAAAAGCCUUAAUGAUAAAUUUAUGUGUCACACUUGUUUAUUUCGGCUCUAAAAUUUUUAACCCUCAACCCCUCCCUCAGUUUUUUUUUUUUGCUUUAUAAAUGAGAGAAAACUGGAUCCUUGUUGUGUGCGAGCCAUUUAUUUUCUCUUUUCCAUUGUUGUUAGCUUGUUUUUGGCCCACAGGCUGCCCUUUUCCUGCCUUGGAUGUUGUGCGCUUACGUUAUUAUUUUUGGAAUAACCGAUCUAUAACUCCCAAUCUCGCCUGACCUUAAGAAUGUGAACACUUUCAAUAUCUGUGACGGGCGUUUUACCAAAGAUAAAAGGUUUGAAUUUCACUCUGAUCAGGUUUUUGUUCUUUUGGCAGUCUGACAACAAAUAAUCUGCAGUAACACAGCAGCACUGGUUUCAGUCCGCUUAGGAGUUAUUAGUAGGAAAGAGCUCGGUGUCAUCUCUUGUUUGCUUUCAGUUAUUGCUAUUAAUGGCAGGAAAUAACCACUGGGAAAAUUUCUGUUUUGAACUGGAGAAGUCUGAACAUUGGCUGUACGUGCUGUCAGGGCUGUUUGCUGAGGAUCUGUGUGCGCUGUGCUCUGCACUGCACUUCCACCACUUCCUUUCACUUACACACGAGUAGUGCUGGAGGUGUUGGGAUAGCCUCCACGCUUACAGAUCCUACAUUUCCCAUAACGCAACUCUGUGACAUCUUUUUGCUUCCCUGUUAAAUAUUCAUGUCUUUCACAUUCAGUGCUGCCAGUUUACACCACAACCUUGUUAAAAGACAUCUCCAAGGCCCGGGUUAAGAGAGGUGAUGAUCCUGUUACCGUGACAUCGCCAGAGUAAACAUGUGAGACAACUUACAGAAAUCAGAAACGUGAGCCCAACCCCCAGUUAUCAGCUCCGCCCUCUUUUCAGCGCAUGUAUGCUAAUCAUCCACAUAUGUUUUGUAGCAUUUGGCUUUCGUGUGUAUCGUGCACAGAUGUGUUUUUGCACCACCCACACCCAUCUGCUGUUGUGCUCACAGAGUAGCCGAUCGGGCUUACAUGCCAUCAUGGCUCUGGCCCCCCGCCAGGCCCGUGGCCCCCACCGAUUGAUCUUUUCCGAGAAACAUUGGCAGGAAGUAGGCCAGAAAGAGAGGAGGGGGAAGUGCGGAAAGUAGUGCUCCUUUUAGAGAGGUCUUUUUUUUUUUAAGUCAAACUUUAUUCAUCUCUCAUUAAUACCUCCUACACAAAUCUGGGAAGCUUGGAUGGAAUGUAUGGAAACACAUGUGCUCUGUAGGGAGGGGAGCAUGCCUGCCAUCGAGCUGCUGUUGUCUCGGCCGUAAACAUGUAAUUAUUCUCCCCGUGUAAUAGACGGGAAGCGUUCACAUUCCACAAACUGAGCAAUCGCAUUCACUCUAGCAGCUGCACAUCGAUGUGUCGCCGCUAAUUGGAAAGAACUCGGUGUUAAACCACAAGCGCUACAGCGAAACCAGUCUACCCCAGUCUUUCUGCAGUUAGCUUUGAUUUGUCAGUAAUCCAAACCAAUAAACGGUCGGCUCACUCAAACAAGAAAAAAAGAAACUUUUUCCACUUCUAUGUGAUGAUGCUGUGUUUUAAAUAUGGUUUUAUUUGCCCACAUUUCGUGACGUGAGAUUUCUGCCGCCACCCUAAUGCGGGAUUACUGUGAAUGGGAUUUCAUGUAUCGUUUUUGGUGCUUACAGCAUUUAAAGAUUAGUGUCACUUCAGUUUUGCUUGGAAAUACCAAAGAACCGGUCCUUGCGACAACUAUUGACAGUGAGUCCUGUGGAUUAGCUGGAGUAAGCACUGAUUUCUGAUGGAGAAUCAACAGCGAUCUCUAUUUUUACGAUAUCCCACACACGCAAAUAUGACAAAGAAAACUAGUUGCAAGCAAGGAAAUUUCAGUGAACGAGUCCUUUAAAGCAUUCAAGUGUGGCAUUCACUGUCAAGUAAAAGCUCCCUUUUUUUGUUUACAGUUCAUCAAGUGGACGCACUCGCUGCAGUUAAGCAAAGCAGCCGACUGGUGUAAAAGAAAAUAAAUUGCUCUGUCACACAAUGUCACAUCAACAAAGAAGCACAUUAACAUAUUAACCAGCAGUUUAGAAGCACUGUGAAAUGUGAAAUAGUGGAAUUGGCUGGCAAAUUCAACCUCUGUAAACAUGAUGGGCUUUAUCAAAGGAAUGUGCCUGGAAUUUAUAGGACAGGUGCGCGUGUCUGGGUGUGUGUGCGGGUGCGUGAGUGUACAUGCUUGUAAGUCAGGAGUCAUAACACUUGUGAAUGUGUUCCAGGACAGAUUGUUGGCAAGUCCGGGCGUCCAUAUGUUGUGACACUGCAGAUCAAAAAGAUGAAAGUCAGUGGAGCACCGCGGAGACAGAUGGACGCGGUGACACAUACUGUACGUGCGAGAAAAGUCAGGCAAGCAGACAGGCCGACACCUGGCCGCAGAUCAAACGCCGUCAGAAACCGAGGCGGAGGUUGGCGCGUACGCGUUUGUGUGCCAUUGACGACACUCUGUGGCCAAAACUAUGACGACAUCCCCCGUCAGUGUGUUUAUGCGUUUAUGCUUGCUGCUCGUAGGGAGGUUUUUCUUGCAGCCUGGUCUGGGAAAUAAAUAAAUUAAAGAAAUUAAAUACCUGGGACUAGAAUACUAGAAUUAAAAGCACUAUUUAUUCAGAGUUUACAACAAAAAUAACUCGGGAUUUGGUUUAACCGGAGUCCGUCUUUAAAGAGCCUCUUUGCUUCUCCGCAAUGCUGCCAUAGUGAAAAUGGCUGCAGUUCACCUAGAGGGCGCUCAUGAGAGCUUUGAUGGAGUAGCGGUGUAUGCUGCUAAAACAAGAACGAGAGAGAGAGUUAGAGCGAUUCUUACAAUCAGACACAUCAUUUCCACCUUAACACCCCCCCCCUUUCAUGUGAAGUCAAUCAGUGUGUCUGUCCUUGUGGAGUUUUUGUUUUUUAAGUUUUAAUAUUGUUUUCGGGUUUUUUGUGAACAUCUGAGAAACGCAGAGAUGAGUGUCUCUGUUUUUCUAUUUGACUUUGUUUUUGUACUUUUUUUUUUGUAAUUUCAUCCUCUUGGCAGCUUGAUAUUUAAUGUCUUUUAAAGGCUGUGUGUGUGUGUGUGUGUGUGUGUGUGUGUGUGUGUGUGUGUGUGUGUGUGUGUGUGUGUGUGUGUGUGUGUGUGUGUGUGUGUGUGUGUGUGUGUGUGUGUGUGUGUGUGUGUGUGUGUGUGUGUGUGUGUGUGUGUGUGUGUGUCAGCUCAAUAGCACUGUCUCAGCCUACUGCUAGAUUAACUUCCCUCUCAACCUCACAGAUCUUUUACCUCUUUUGAUGCCGUAAAGGGGACGUCGCGCUGUGGCGGCCAUUUUUUUUUCCUCUCUGGGAUUGUUUAUUUUUUGGGCUUUUUUUAAAUUUUAUGACAUCAUCCUUUCUUUGUGACAGCACAACAUAACCACCUGAUUCACGUAUGUGUGUUUAAAUCUUUUUUUUUUCUUACUAUGUUGAUUUAUGUUCCCAUAGUAGGUCUCUCUCUCUCUCACUCACACACACACACACACACACACACGCACACACACGCACACAGUCCAGCCUCUGUAUUUAGUUUUUUUCUUACUGUGCUCUGAUUGUGUCCGAGUCCUCUGCUGGUCGAACAGUCAGACUACUGUAGGCGCUGUGUUUGUGCCCUCGCUGUUAUGCGAUCGCUAUGAAGGCUCGCCAUUGUGUGACCAAAAAACAUUUUUGUCGUUGCUCAGCCACUCAGAACCGGUUUGGGCCAGAGUCUUGACCCAAGAGAAACCCAAAUGCCAUUUAUCUUCUCAUGUUUUGUGUUCCUGUGUCUGUCACACAGCAGUGUGGUGCUGAUUUGAUGCUUUUCUUCCUGCUUUGUGUGUGUGGUGUUUUUUGUUUUUUGUUUUUUUCUCCUUCAAACAGACAAAGAUGUCAAAAAUGAUCAAAACAUAUUUGGAAAAAUAGCUUUUUUUAUUUUGAAUUGCAUGCUGAAACACAGAGACUACUUCUGCCUACAAAACUAUGAAUUGCACCUUAACUGUUGGAUGUGUUUUUCUUUGGGUGUUUUUUGGUUUGUUUUGGUUUUUUUUUUUGCAUACACAUAAAUAAAUGCAUGGGGGGUGCGUGAACUGUUUGUUUACUUCUGAGAUAAAAAACGUAAUUGCCAGCGUGUCAGGAAUUCUGUAUAUCUUAAAACAGGGUUGUUUUGUUGUGCUUAUCAAUGCCAGAUUUCACUGUAACUGAUUCGGUCACCGGUGUUUGGGGCACAAUGGCUUCACUAAGCAGCUUCAGAACAUGCUUCUUUUUUUUUUUUUCAAACAAAACAAUAAUCAGUGUUUACGGGUUUUUAUAAAAAUUUAUUUUAUUCAAAAACACAGAUUGUAUUUAAAAGAUGAUUCUUUUUGCUGCUGGAUGGUUCGCCCCCUGCUGGCCAUGAGAAGAAAUGUGGCUAUCCAUCUUCUAUAUACAGUCAGUGGCCUAAAAAUCUAACACAGCAUUAAUCCAACAAGUUAUCAACAAAGCAACAUCUGCAUCUGCUUCUACUGGCCUGUCCUCACACGGUGACUGCUAGGAGGUUUUCUGCUCAUCCCUGUCAUAAAGCACACACACACAUCCACCUGCCGUCCAUCUUGUCCUUGCAAAAACCUACAAAUGCGCUAGCAUACACAACACACACGUGCACAUAUCUACAGUCGAGCUUCGGCAGAUGACUGGCACUCAGCAUGGCGUUGCCACCCGGCCUUGUGUCCCCAGGGGCAGAGCCAUGUCUGCAGCCAAUUAAUCAACAGGGCAGUCAGCCACAUCCAUACCCAUCUGAUGCUCACCAACCUCCCGCCAGUGUGCCAGAUUUAGCUUUCCCCUGUUUACACAGACUGUGUUUGGUUAAUAAGAAAGGAAUUUAAAGCGCUACAUGACAGGGAUACUGAAAAUGUUUUCGAGGGGUGUUUUUUUUUUGUUGGAAAGAUCCCAGUGAAAUUGUCUGGGUUGCAGCACUUUGUUGUUUUUUUUGUUUCUUUUUUAAAUAUUAUUAUUAUUUUUUGCUAAAUGAUUGCAUUGUUUAAGAAGUCAAAACAUGUUUGCAGAGACUGUCGUAAGGUUUUUCUUUGUUGUGCAGUGGCAUCAUAUGACUUUACCACCUGCGACGUAUGUAAUAUAAUUACAGAAUUACUGCCUCCCCUGCCUCUUCCUGUCCCCGAGCACUGAUUAUGAUUGUAAAUGGUCACAUAGUUUUAUUUUUUAUAUCAUUGUUGGGGCUUAAAUUUAGUUUCUUCUUUUUUAUCUUUUUGUUUUAGAACAGUUAAUGGGUCUCUGUGGGAAAGUGUGUGUUUGUGCCAGCAAGAGUGCACGUUUGUGUGUGUGUGUGUGUGCAGUUGUCUUACUGUAUGCGUGCGAGGGAUGAUGCAGGCUGUACGUUGUUUCGUGGCUCCUGUUGCACAUCGGCCCCUUUGCCCGUGUUCAUCAUCGUGCCAGUGUGUUCAGGUGUUCCCUUGCCUCUGCGUCCAUUCAUCCAAAAGAAGAGCGAGGGAGAGAACAGGAGAUGAAGGAGGAGGAUGAGGAAGAGGAGAGUGCAGAGGGGCUUUUUCCCCUCAGAGAGGGGGGGAAAAAACAACCAAGAGAAGAUACUUUUGAGAAAAAAAAAGAUAUUUUUCUCCUCUGCUGGGUCACAAUGAAGAGUGUAAAUUUUUAAAUUAACUGAAAAUGAUGAAUUAAAAAAAAUCAUUUGUUCUCUAUAUGAAUGAAUAUGUUAACCAUGAACAAAAAGUAAUGACUUCUAUGACAAAGACAUAUAAUAAAUUAAUUUUAAAAUUUUAA